AUGAAAGACAUUUUGUUACUAUUAAUUUGGGCCUCCUUUUUGAAAACCUUUAUCUGUUAUUCUCCAAAAAAUGUUAUAACUGUAUCUCCUCGAAGAAAUAAUAUUAGUCCUCCUAGUAUUGUAAUUACCUUGAACAAACCAAAUAUAAAAGAUAAUUACGAUAUUAACGAAAAAAAAAAGAAUUUAGAAGAACAAAAUAAAAUUGAAGAUAUUAUAAGCACAGUGCAACAUCUCAUAUACAACAUUGAUGAUUAUAAAAGUGAAAUGUCAGAUCAAUAUACGAAGGAAUCUCUUGGAUUAAACACAAAUAUUGAAAUACUUAAUGCGAAUGAUGAAAAUGUAUUAAAUUUAUUACUAAAUAGUAAAGAUGAUACUUUAAUAAACGAAAAAAAAAAAAAAAAAACCGCACCAAUUAUAAUAACAUACCCUCAACCAUUAUCAGAAGACGAAAUAAUAUAUUAUGAAAAAUAUAAACAUUUGAUGGAAAAUAAAAAAAAAACAAGAAAUUUACUAUUAAAAGUAGCCCAUUUGGAAAAAUUAUCCCUAAUAAAAAGCACAAAUAAAAAAGAAAGUAUUAAAGAAUUGGAAGAUACAAUUAAUAUAAUAGAGAAGUCCAUUUCAAGGUUGCAUAUUAUAGAGGAAAUGCUAGAAGAAUUAUCUUAUGAACCAACCCAAAAUGAAGAUAAGAACACGAAAAAAUUAAAAACUAAACGAGAAUAUUUAACAGAAAAGAUAAAUGUCUUGAAUAAAAAGGUUGAAAAAUUAAAAUUAAUGAAUUACUAA